AUGGGGGGACAAGGCAUUAGCAUGGGUGGUGGUCUAAACCAUGGAGGCUUAGGUGGUGGCUUUGGAGGAGGUUAUGGAGGCCCUGAGUGUCAGGGAGGAAUUGGAGGCUACGGUAGGAUGGGAGGUUUGGGUGGAGGAGUACAAUGCAGAAGCGAAGGGAUCCGGAGAGUCUCUGUCGAUGAGCGCCUACUGAAACCCCUUUCUGUUGGAGUUGACCCAGAGGAGCACAAAGCACGAGCACAUGAGAAAGAGGAGAUGAAGACACUUAACAACCAGUUUGCUUGCUUCAUUGACAAGGUCAGAUCCCUCGAGCAGCAAAAUAAAGUUCUUGCUACCAAGUGGGAGCUUCUGCAUCAAUGUGUCCAACCUACAAGGAAGAACCUUGAAGCCUACUAUGAGAAUUUCAUUGCCAGCCUUAAGAAGCAGCUCGAGUGUCUCUUGAGCGAGAGAACGAAACUGCAACACGAACAGAAGAACAUGCAGGAAUUAGUAGAAGAAUACAGGUCUAAAUAUGAAGAGGAAGUUAACAGGCGUACAACUGCAGAGAAUGAUUUUGUGGUACUCAAAAAGGAUGUUGACUGUGUCUUCCUUACCAAGGAAGAGCUGGAAUCUAAAGUAGAUGUGCUGGCACAGGAGUUGGAGGUCCUGAGAUGUGUCUUCACAGAGGAGUUAACACAGCUGGACAGUCAAUUCUGUGACACUUCUGUGGUUCUGAAAAUGGACAAUACCCGAGAUCUGGACAUGGACCUCAUCCUUAAGAACGUGGAAGCCUGGUAUCAGAACAUUGCUCAUGCUAGCAAACAAGAAGCUGAAGCCUUUUACCAUAACAAGAUUGCAGAAAUUCAGAAUCAUCGGGGUAAAUUCAAUGAAGAACUUAAAGGCAACCAGCAUGAGAUUGCAGAACUCAGCCGAGUGAUCCAAAGGCUGCACAGUGAUACUGAAAAUGCAAAGAAGCAGGUUGCCAGCCUGCAGUCAGCCAUUUGUGAUUCUGAGCAGCGUGGUGACAUUGCCCUUAAAGAUGCCCGUAGUAAGCACGUUGAACUGCAGACUGCCUACCAGCAGGCCAAAGAUAAGUUGGCUUCCCUGCUCCGUGAUUGCCAGGAGCUGCUAAACACCAAGAUGGCUCUGGAUAUUGAGAUUACUACCUAUAGAGUCUUGCUGGAAGGAGAGGAGAGCAGGUGA